GAAGAAUUGGCUAUUAGCUUGAGCAUAAAUAUGACAUACUUUAUAUGAUGAAUUUGCAGAAGGCCAACGUCCAAAAUGCCAUUCCUAGUGAAAUAGAGGAAUCCGUGGAACUAACCAUUGAUAAAGAUGGCCACCCGAGUAGUGACGAACCUGUGGGGGAGAUAAUUUCUCUUGAAAGAAUGGCUGAAAGCGAAGUUGUGACAAUGAAUAUGGAAGAGACACUUGUGCUCACCCAAACUUCAACGCAAGCCAGUAUUCCCUCCUCGUCGCUUAGUGAGCAACACCUGGUGUUGGCUAAUGAACUAGAAGGUAAUCAAGGGUUUGAAGCCGAACUUCAGGCUUUCAUGAGGGCAUUUUCGGCCGAUGCUCUAAUCCAACCAGAAUGCUGCUCGGCCAUUUCGCAGUUACCAACCGCGCAAUUGACAUCAAGGGAGGAAGUUGAUAGGGCUCUGAAGGUGGUAAAGGAAACGUUAGCGCAGCCAUUAAAAGAAUUUGUGGAAACAGGCCAACUAUCAAAAGUGAAAGUGGCCAUGGACUUGUUACUUGGAGCCAAAUACUUUGCCCCUCCCAAGGUAGCUCUCAUUGGUGAGAAGCUAGAAGUGUUGACCCAACAAAUAUCCCGUGUAGCUGGUUCAUACCAAGAAAUAGAAAAAAGGAGACAACAAAUCUUGGCUUGUGAGCAAAUGAAGAAAGCCUUGGUUCCCGAGUUUGGGUGGUGUAUGGAACAAAAACGGGUUGUGGAGUCUCUUGAAGGCAAGAUAAAUGAGUUGGAAAGACAAUUGGCAUCCUUGAAACAAGAGAGACAAGAAGUGGGGGAAAAGCUCCUUCAAAGGAGUAAGCAGUGUUUCCAAAGCCAAGGACAACUGAAAAAAAUAGAGGCCGAAUUGAAAAAUUCCGAGCCUAGGUGUAUGCAACUUGAGAGUGACCUUCAAGACACUAGUUGUACCUUGGGAGCUCUUAAAGCUUUAUUAGCCGAGUAAUGAUGAUUGAUGUAUGUGGCUCUUUUGUCGGCCGUUGGCCGGUUUUUGUAAACAUUUGAAAGUUAUGGGCCAAUGAAAAACUUAAUUAAUUAUUUGCUUGCCGGUA